AUGGAUUCCCAAAACUUUCAUGAAUUCAGCAGUUUACCUGGUGUUGCAGCCCCGCAACAGCGACCGGAAACUUUUGAUGCAACAAAUCCACCAAAUUCACCUUCCGAUUCCGGGAUUUCGGUUUCAGAACUUUUAGUGGACGAUCCUCUGGAGCAAAGUUCCACACCCAUGCCUGAUGGCUCACGCAUAAGUAACCAGGAGUCUGCUUUUGCCGGUAUUAAUCCUUCCGUACCGAACCCGGCUGUCAACGGGUUCGCCGAAUACGAUGCAGCAGAUUUGGACGCGGAAGUUUUUGAUUCUCAAGGCAAUUUAUAUCCUGAGAUUGUAUCCGCCUGUGAAGAGCUUGGAAACAUCAAUUUGGUUAAUCCUACUCCGAAUUAUUGCAAUAGCUUCAAUCAGCAGCAAUACCCAAAUCAGGGAAACACUGUUUUCCCUUCGGGCCAUCAUCAGGGCGCGAAUCAUUGUUUCGCCUUGAAUCAUCAACUCGGGAAUUCGAGUUUUGAUCCUUCUUCGAUUCGCAAUGGUUUCGAUCAUGGAACCGCGAGCCCUUAUCAGCAAUUUGUUCCUGAACCGAUGGUUUUCGCAUCUCCUGGUGGUGGAUCUGCAAAUUUCCAGGGUCCAAGCCAUGAUCAGAAUAUGCAAUACUUAACUGAGCAGCAAGUGGCGGCUAUCAUGGAAAACAUGGGCCUGGAAAUACAUUUAUCGCAUCAGCGAUUCAUGGAAUUGGGGUACCUGGGAACCCCCAACUUCUUGACUGAUCAGCCAAUUCAAUAUGAAUUAUUACCCGGAAACAGUCGCAACCCACUUGGGGAAGCUGCAAAUCCGUCUUUGAAAGAGUUGCUCGCGGAAUAUGCUGAAUCGCUUGAAACUAAUCAAGCAGAAGAAUUCAUCGAAUUGGCUAAAACCAGAGCAGGUCGGGAAGUUAACAUACUAGGCGAUCCAAUGGACCGUUUAGGUGCUUACAUGUUUGAAGGCUUAAAUUCCAGGAAUCUAAAAUCUGGCACACAUAUUUAUAGCAACCUGAAGUGCGACAAGGAGCCAGAAAGCGACGACUUAGCUAAGUCUAUGCUGACUCUGUACCACAUGUGUCCCUACAUAAAAUUCGGGUAUAUGGCUGCAAAUGGCGCCAUUGCAAAAGCUUGCGGGAAUGCAGAUCGAAUCCACAUUGUCGAUUUCCAGAUUGCUCAGGGAACACAGUGGGUUUUGUUGCUACAAGCGCUCGCUGCCACAAGGCCUGACAGGCUUCUUCAGGUGCGCAUUACUGGAAUCGAUGACCUGGAUUCUAGACACGCCCGAGGAGGAGUGGGAUUGGAGGCGAUAUGCGCAAGACUUGGAGCUUGUUGUGAGAAAUUGGGUAUCCAAUUUGAGUUCAAUGAAGUGCCAGUUUUCGCGGCUGAUGUCACAGAGGAGAUGCUGAGAAUAAGUCCCGGAGAGGUUCUUGUAGUGAACUUCACCUUGCAGCUCCAUCACAUCCAUGACGAAAGUGUUGUUGACACGAGAAACCAAAGAGAUAGCCUCCUCAGGAUGGUGAAGUCAUUCAAUCCCAAUGUGGUCACCCUGGUGGAGCAAGAAUUGGACACGAAUACCACUGACUUCCUCCACAGGUUCUCGGCAACGCUGGACUACUAUCUGGCCAUUUUCGAGUCCAUAGAUGCCAUAAUGACGGAUAGAUCCAAUGAGCGGAGAGUCCAUCUAGAACAGCAUUGUCUGGGAAAAGACAUAAUCAAUAUCAUAGCUCGGGAAGAACAAGAGAGAACCGAACGCCACGAGCUCUUCAACAUGUGGAAAGCUAGGUUCACAAAGGCUGGAUUUCGACAAUGUACUUUGAGCCGUCCUGUGAACUCAGCGAUAAAAGAUUUGUUGAAAAUCUAUUCAGAGCAUUACUUUCUGAGAAACAAAGAUGGUGCACUGUACUUAGGAUGGAAGAAGACACCUUUGAUUGUAGCAUCUGCUUGGAAGUGA